AUGCCUGCGUCACAAACAGGCAACUUCUUUGAAAGAAACAUCAACAUGCCCCCUGGAUAUCAGUUACCGUUUUUGGAAGGUCCAGCUGGGGUACAACAGCAACAAGCCCCUUAUCUUGCUGCGAUUGCUGGUGUACCUUUGGCAUAUUCAGGACUACAGGGAUACAACUUCAUCCCCUAUCCACACCACAGAUACAUUGCGAACAUGGUAAGUUAUUUGACUAUAUGUUUUCUCUAUUGUAUACCUAAUCAAUAACAUUUCCAGCUUAUAAUCUAAAUGUAUUCAUCAUUUAUUAUAUCAAUGUCGGAAAAAGAAAACAUUCUACAGACCUUUUCAACACCAAUUAAAUGUAAUGCGUAAUUACGCACUUAACAAAUCAAUGUAGUCGGUUAUGCACGAAUUGAAAUAUUGAAUCUAAUCACUUUCUCUUGUGUUUUCAGAACAACUCUUUCGACCUGAAAGCUGUCUCUCCAUAUCAUCAAGCGCUUCUCGGCCGAGGAGGUCCAUUCUACCCGCAAUACCGACCAGGCGCAACCGAUGACCCGAUCAGAGUCGCCAAGGUGGCUACCCGGGAAAGCACCAGCGCGCUCAAGGCCUGGUUGAACGAGCAUCUUAAGAACCCGUAUCCCACGAAGGGCGAAAAGAUCAUGCUUGCUAUUGUAACCAAGAUGAGCCUCACGCAGGUUUCCACUUGGUUUGCCAACGCCAGGCGACGACUGAAGAAGGAUAAUAGGGUAAGCUGGGCGUCCAAGGGGAAGUCUGACGAGGAGGAGGAGGGCGAGAGCGACGAGGAGGAGGGCGAGGGCUCUCUGCAGAAAAGCCGUUUGGACGACGAAGAUGAGAUAGAUCCUCAAACCGUAGAUGACAAGGAGGAUAUUGGACAUAGAGUAUCCAACUCAACGCCAGAGCCGGUGAAUGCGCGCCUUGUGAAACAGUCAAACAACGACAAUAGAUCUGGUAGGCUCGCGGCGCACGCGGAAAAUGUCGUAAAGAAUGACACAGAACGCAAAUCAUUUCCAGCUCGCCUGGAAAGUAAAGAUAACGUUGAGUGUCAAAAGCCCAAAAUAUGGUCUUUGGCCGAAACAGCGACCUCGGAAACGGUGAAAAAGCCCCAGGACAGUGCUUGUCAUCCUGGCACACAAGUUGGCAAAUUCUGGGCAGAAUGGGCAUCAAGGAACGGACUGUAUAUUCCCGUAUACCCUGCUCACGAUAUUCUAUAA